AUGGCUAGUCAACAAGCAGUCCAGAAGUCCAUUGAGGAUCUCGAGCGUGAGGUCUUGCGGCUCGAGAGGAUGAAAGUGGGGAUUGAAGCCAGUUUGGUUAACGCAAAGAUUGCUCUGUAUGCUGCGCAAGGCAAGCCAUCGCCUUUGUUGCCAAUUACUGCUGCGAUGUUUUCUGGCACUCAGACGUCUUCGGACGCACAUCAAAACUCUGGGGCAAAUCUUGGAUCGUCUGCUCUCCAGAAGAAUAAUCCUCCUCCUUGUCGAGGCAAUGCCUCAAAUCCAAAGAAGAACGCGUUACAACCAUCCACCAUGCCCUCUGCAGCUUCACAGCCCACAGCUGUAAGCCAAGCACCACCAACGCAACAGCAGAUUGUGCCAUCUAUUGAGCCUCGUCAAGACCAUUCUGUUGUGAAGACUGUCUAUACUCCUGGCUCGAGUCUCUCUUCUAGCGCUUCGAAGCAGCAGCGUACUGGUGCAAAGCCACAAAAUUUGUGCGCUCAAAGCUCUCCUUUCCAGCGUCAAACUCUGUUAAACCCUUCUCUACACAUACCACCAAAGACAUCGUCACAGCAGGCUGGGCAAUCAGCAUACGAUAUAGUCUUUGGCAGUAUGAAGCAGCAAGCCAAUAUGCCAUUAUCCUCGCAUACGAAAGGAAAAGGGGUAACUGGAAAGCAGGCUCCAUCUUGGCCACCUGGUUUUAACCCAAAAUCAUAUCCUGUGCUGACAGCUCUUGCAAAGGGAGAAAGUGCUCGAAGGAGGAAGAGAAGUCUGUCUGUCAACGACAUCGAUCAAGGUCGUCACAAGCAUGCCCGAGUAGAGUCCAGUCGAUAUGAUACCCCCGCCAUCAACACCGCUAAUAAUGAUGAGGAAGAGGUUGAGGGUGUCGACGGCGACGACAACGACGAAAAUCCAAGCUCCGGCGCCGAGAGAUCCGAUCAUCCGUCCGAUUACGAGGAAGUGACUAUUCCUCUACGCUACCAUGUCUCGCCAAUUAUACAAGAUAUCUUCCUUGGAGCACAGGUUAACUCUACCGCUAAACGCAACCAAGCUCGAGCACAGCGACCAAAACCCAAGAAUCAGCCUCAACGUCCUUUCAUACGAUUACGAUCAAUUCCUGGCACUACUGCACUAUAUUCCGUAACUGGAGCAAAUGAAGAGCCUGCUGAAGAGGAAGAGAACGCGGCGGAGGGUACAGACGAACAGAGAAAUUCAGCUAGUCCUCCUUUCGUUAUACAGGAAGGAAUUCAAGACGACGACGACGACAAUCCCAAUGAGGAGGAAGCAGAUAAUCCGGAUAAACUAAAAGGGGACCCAAUUUAUGUCAAAAUGACUCCUAGUGAACGACAUAAGCUCGAGCUUACCUAUUGCGUUUACGUCUCUAAGAUUGUUUCUUCGAAGACGUGUGUGGCGAUGCCCCCGGUGCCACACGACAGAAUGUCGAUUAAAGAGAGGAUGGAGCGGAGAUUUGGCAUUCUGCCAAAUGGCGACGAGAGAGAUCGAUACAGAACAGCCAGCGACUUCGAAAAGGAUACCGAGAGAAUGCUAAAGGACUAUAUUAAGCUAGGUUCUUGCAAGGAUUGUCCAUUCAACAAAUCUGGCACUGCUCGCUUCAUGUGCUACCGAAUGCGUCUUACGCCGUUGGUCGAAGAACGAAUGGCAGAGCUUCAGCAGUGUCUUAAGGAAGCUGAUCUCGUUGACGGAAGGCUAGGAUUCGAAGCAAAAGAAGAGUUCGUUGAGAAUUGGUUUCAUCCUGAGGAUUUCAGUCCUGAGAGCCACUAUGUCGGAGGCUGA